AUGGAAACCAGGAAGGAGAUGGUGAUGUUUCUGGAAGGGACGCAACUUGGCGCUCUAGUUGGCAAGAGGGUGCCUAAUUUGUCCGAAGCAGUGGGGAGCCCCGCUCCAGAGCCACAGGAGAAGAUGAUCCAUCGGAACUGCCUCAGCCCCAGACCUGGCUCCUUAUCGUCCCGGGAGAGAGGAGGAGGAGGUGGAGGAGGAGAAGACGAAGAGGAGGUGGAGGUGCUGCCAGGGACAGGGACGGUGUCGGAGAGUCGCUCGGCGGCGGCAGCACUGCUUUCGGCCGGACAGCAGCCCCCCACCUCGGAGCCCCCUUCCAGCAAAGGGCAGCAGAGCAGCUCGGACACCGAGUCGGAUUUCUAUGAGGAAAUCGAGGUGAGCUGCACCCCGGACUGCGCGACGGGGAGCACCGAGUACCAGCACAGCAAAGGGCCGUGCUCCGAGGGUCUGUCGGGCAACACCAGCGCCGGGGGGGAUCACGCUAAGGGCAGCGGAGGCAGCGGCGGCUCCCAGGGCUCGCUGGCCUGCAGCGCCAGCGAUCAGAUGCGCCGCUACCGCACGGCCUUCACCCGCGAGCAGAUCGCCCGGCUGGAGAAGGAGUUUUACCGGGAGAACUACGUGUCCAGGCCCCGGAGAUGUGAACUGGCGGCUGCUCUAAAUCUGCCAGAAACCACCAUCAAGGUUUGGUUCCAGAACCGCAGGAUGAAGGACAAGCGGCAGCGCCUGGCCAUGACCUGGCCUCACCCGGCAGACCCGGCGUUCUACACCUACAUGAUGAGCCACGCGGCGGCCACCGGCAACCUGCCCUACCCGUUCCCAUCCCACCUGCCCUUGCCCUACUACUCCCACAUGGGCAUUGGUGCCACGUCGGCCUCUGCCACCACCCCCUUCAGUACCCCCCUGAGGCCACUGGACACCUUCAGGGUCCUCUCCCACCCCUACCCGAGACCAGAAUUGCUGUGCGCCUUCAGACAUCCUUCUCUCUACCCUGCCCCGACUCAUGGACUCAGCAGCGCCGGGAGUAACCCCUGCUCCUGCCUGGCUUGCCACAGUGGCCAGUCCAACGGGUUGGCUCAGAGACCAUCUGGAUCAGACUUUACCUGUUCGGCCACGACCAGGACUGACUCUUUUCUCACUUUCACGCCCUCUGUGCUGAGCAAAACCACCUCAGUUUCCAUGGACCAGCGAGAAGAAGUACCUUUAACAAGAUAAAUCUUCGUCUCAGGGCUACUAAGAACUCGUCCCUUUCCUGUGCUUCUCUUCAUGUACCUACAGUCGCUGUUUAAUUUAAUCGCAUUCUCUCCCCAGAAGUGGACACCUAAGGAGAAAAAGAAAAAAAAAAAGUAAAGAAAAAAAAGACUAAAAAUAGCUCAGUCUUAAAAGGAUUUACAUUCCAAAGGAAAAAAAAAAAGACAAAGAAGGAAAUAAGUGACUAGUGAUUUAUCUCUGAGAAAGAUUUUAGGCACCGAAAGGAAAGAAAAACAACCUGAAUGAAAUACAAUUCGGUAGUCUAUUGAAAUGAGCUGGGACUUUCUAUUCUAUGGGUAGACUUCUUACCAAGGGCUGGGGCUCCUGCAGGUCACGGCAAGAAACCUUAUGCACAAAAUUACGAGAUGGAGAACGAAAAUCUGAAAUACUUGGCAGAAACAUUAUCUUAAUAGUGAAAAGGCUUGUUCACAUUAAGAAGGCAAAGAUGUAACCUACCAGAGUGUCUACAUAAUAAAAACAAUGAACAAAUAGCAAACCCAAAAGAUUUCUGCUUUGCAACUCAUCAGUAUUAUCCGGUUGUCUGUAUAGAGAAAAACAACGCGUUAUUAUAAAGG